ACUGCCUGUACGUGCCGAUGUCAAGACAGUCACUAAAAUGCGUUUUGAAAAGAACACACUUGUUCGAAAUAUGAUGUUAAUUCAAUUGCUAAAUUUCUGAAGACAAGCGUAAUUGUUGUGUAUGUCACUAUAUUAUGCACAACGUUAUUCAGAAGGGGAUUCAGUAUGAACUUCUUGACCCGUCAAGCGUUUCACUACGAGUAUUAGUCAUGAGUGUAGUGAGCACUUUCGCGAAUGUGUAUGCAUCAGGGUUGAGUGUAUGAAGUGAGAGAUUUAGUAAAUGAAAAUUACCAAUGAAUGAAACAAAAAUAGAAACGGAAGAUGAUCCUCAUUGUGACAAAGAUGCUCUUACGGAUAUGUUCGGAUGGUUUUUGCAGGUGUUAUUGGCGUGUUUGGCGUUUACCUGUUUGAUAUUGAAACGAUUCUGUGAGCCACGGUAUGAGAGACGCCCAUGGUUAAUAUGGUUUUAUGAUACGUCCAAGCAAGGAAUGGGUGCUUUAGUCAUCCAUCUAGCUAAUGUUUAUUUGGCUAGUAAAUUUCACGGCGAUCCAUGUACAUGGUAUAUCAUUAAUUUCUUAUUGGAUUCUUCUGUGGGACUUGCAAUUAUAUAUGUGGGCAUACGAUUUUCACAGUAUUUAGCCAGGGUGAAAAGAUGGGAAGCUAUCAACUUUGGAGAGUAUGGUAAACCUCCAUCAAUAAAUGCAUGGCUUAGCCAAUGUUGUUUAUAUGUAAUGCUUAUGGUUAUUGUUAAAGUAUGUAUAACACUGCUUAUUCAGCUUGAUUUUUGGGAUGAAGUAAGAGAAUUUAUCCUUUCACCGAUAACUAACCCAAAAAUUGAAUUGGCUAUAGUCAUGCUUAUUAUUCCAUUCUUUGUCAAUGCUCUUAUGUUCUGGGUAACAGACAACUUUUUAAUGAGACAUAAUAGUAGAAAUCAUAAGACUGACCCUGGACUUCUGCAAAGAGUUAAGAUACGGUAUCGCAAAAUAAAAAAGGAUAAACGUGAUGAUUCAGAAGCUGAUGUCCUGUUAUUAGCUGAUGAAGAUCUUAUGAAUAAUGGAGAAAAUUUACAGCAGCGGUCCCCAGGAUUUACAGUAACGUAAUGAGAUACAAGAUAAUCUUCAUAAAAAUUUCAUCGUAUUGUUGAAUUCUGAAGAUUCCUGUACAAAACAUUGGACCUACAAUGAGGCUCUAAGGAAGGUAUAUUUUCAUGAUAUGUGGUUAUAAACUAGGAUUCCUAAGUAAAACUGUUGAAAUAUCAAAUGAGUGGUAUGUUGUGUAUGCAGAUAUUUUUUUAAUGAUCCUUUGCAAGUGAACUGAUAUCUGUAGGUUAUCUUUAUACUUAUAGUGACAAUAUAUAGCAAUACUCAUUUGCACUAUACAAAGUCAGUUUCUGAUGUGUAUUCUAUUUGUAUAUAUGGACAAGUUCUCUCUCAGUCAUGUAUUUAUUUUUUUAAUUUAUUUAAAAUGGAAUGGAAUUUUCUUAUUGUGGCAUUGAACUAUUUAUGCAUGUGAUUUGAAAAGGGCUGAUAUUGCCAGUUUUGUAAAAAACUCUGCUGCUCACCUGCUAGCACUUGGCUUAUUGACUAAAGAUUGCUCAUUUCGAAAUUUCUUUUGUAA